GAGAGGCGAGCAAUGGAGAAGGUGACUUGCAGGGAAUUCCUGGUGGCGCAGUCCGGCUGGGGUGCUAUUCUAGCGGCAACUGCAUGCGGCACUGGCGCUGUUUUUUGCUUUGUGAAAUGGAAGCAUUCAAGGAAGAUCCAUACAAAGAUCCAAAAGGCAGUAGCAAAGCGGGAACAGUCCAAACUCUGUGUAGAAAAUGCCCUGCUGCAGUUCAGAAAACAGCACCCCGAGGCUAAAAGUGCCCCUGUCCUGUCUCUGUCCCUCACAGACCUGAGCAAGCAGCUGAAAGAGGGCUCGCUGACCCCAGCGACUGUGCUUCACACCUACAUGGAGAAGGCCCUGGAGGUGACCAAAGAGUUGAACUGCGUGACGGAGUUCCUGCUGGAGAGCCGAGACCAGCUGCAGGAGGUGGAGAAGUAUAGAGAAGGUCUUCUCUACGGGAUUCCUAUCAGCAUCAAGGAUAACGUGGCAUGCCAGGGUCACGACACCAGCUGUGGCGUAUCAAUCAAGCUGGACUGUCCAGAGAAAGAGGACUCUGUGCUUGUCCAAGUUCUGAAGAGGCAGGGCGCCAUCCCCUUUGUGAAAACCAACAUACCCCAGGGGCUGCUCAACUAUGACUGCUGCAACCCGAUCUUCGGGCAGAGCCUGAACCCCCACAACCAAAAGAAGACUCCAGGGGGGUCCUCGGGCGGGGAGGGGGCACUGAUUGGAGGCGGGGGCUCACUCCUGGGAAUCGGGACUGAUAUUGGGGGCAGCAUACGCAUCCCUGCAUCAUUCUGUGGGAUUUGCGGCCUCAAGCCAACAGGAGGGCGCCUCAGUAAUCAUGGCUUGGCUGGCUGCCUCCCUGGACAGAAAUCAGUGACGACGUCAGUGGGCCCAAUGGCACGGGAUGUGGACAGCCUGGCUCUCUUCAUGAGGGCUGUGCUCUCUGAAGACAUGUUCCUCCUGGACCCCUGCGUGCCUCCCAUCCCCUUCAACAAUGAGGUGUACUCCAGUUCCAAGACACUGAGGAUUGGCUACUAUGACACUGAUGGCUAUUUGGAACCUUCCCCAAGCAUGAGACGGGCUGUCCUGGAAACCAAAGCGCUUCUUGAGAAAGCCGGACAUACUCUAGUACCCUUCACCCUCCCUCGCAUCGUUUAUGCCUUGCCGGAGCUGAUAGUGAAGGGGAUCCUGGCCGACGGGGGCGCCACGCUCCUCCACUUCCUGAGAGAAGAGAUGAUUGAUCCUUCCUUGAAACCUCAGCUCAUCACUUAUAGAAUACCCCGAAUAGUUAAGAAGAUCAUAUCCUUAAUCCUGAAGCCUCUGUUUCCCCGCAUCUCCACAACUUAUGAAGCACUGAAUGGGGUGAGCUCCGUCCAGGAUCUUUGGAAGCAACACACAGAGGUGGCGGAUUAUUGCAAGGAGUAUAUUACACAGUGGAAGAGUCUGGGUUUGGAUGUGAUGCUGUGUCCAGCUCUUGGCCCUGCCUUUGAGUUUGGAUAUCCUGGGAAACUGUCAGUUGCAGCAUCAUAUACCAUCCUGUACAACCUGCUCAACUUCCCGGCAGGGGUGGUGCCUGUAUCCAAAGUAACUGAGCAGGAUGAGGAGGAGCUAAAGCACUACAAAGGUUACUAUGGUGACCCUUGGGACAAGCUAUUUAAAGAAGCUGUGACUGGUUGCCAGGGGCUCCCUGUUGCUGUGCAGUGCGUGGCCCUUCCGUGGCAGGAGGAGCUGUGCCUGCGCUUCAUGAAGGAGGUGGAGAGUCUCACUCAAGGGACAAGGAAGAACUAAGCAGGCAGCUCAAAACCUUUUCUAUAUUAAGGUCCCUGCCAGCUAGCACUUACCUGGCUUUUAAUUCAUUCCUCAACUGCGUCAUAGUCGUUCGACCUUAAUCAAUAGUUUAUUUUCUAUUGAUCUUAUCAAUCUAAUAAUUACUGCACUUUUUCCAAUCGCUAAUUGUUUAGCCAACUUUUUUAGCUUUCCUUAUGAAUAAACCAAACUGUUGGUCUUGUAGUUUUAAGCGUAUAAAUCAAGGAGGGCUUUCUACUGACACUGAGGUAAUCAAUUGUCUCUCUGUUAAUACUAGUGGCAUGUAUUCUAUCUAAACAUUAAUGUAGAGUGUAAUGUGUGUAUUUGGAAUGAAUAAA